CCACGCCUAAACCAUCCUGUGUCUCUCGUCUCUCAAUCUACCCUUUCUUGUCUCUCUUCCCACCCCCCUAAAAAACCCUAGAUCUAAUGCUCUUUCUUCGAUCAGUAAUAGUGGCAAAGUUUGGACGGCAGCCCCGGGUUUGUCUCCGAGGUUCUCCUUGGCGGCUUUGCGGUAGGUGGUGGCAGCUUAAAGCGGAAGUCUUAAAAAAACAUCGGAGUAAUAAAUCCACCCGAUCUGACUUCACGCGACGCGGGAGCGGCUCUAACCCAGGGUUAUGCGACUCUCUACUGUGUACAAUUGAACCCACGGCGGACUACACAAGCACAUCGGCGGUCUACUUGGUCUCAAAGUGAAGAAGCGAGCGUCGGAUUUUGUUUAUCCAUGGGUUGCGCACGCAUUCUUUAACCCUAGGUUUUUUCAAGUAAAACCUAUUGUAACUUUCAAGGCAUAGGCAAUUUUUUUUCUGGAGCAGAUUGUACUAGCUAUUGACAAGUUUCAUGAGGGUGGAAUCUCAGGGAUCCAAUUUCCUGCCUUGCCAUCCCUUUCGAGGAUUGUGAUCGGCGUGAGUGGGGUUUUCCCUUCAACAACACCAUAUCCCAAAGGCUAAAUCAAAUGCGUAAGAGUUUAUUGGAUGGUUUUUCAUAGUGGAUCCUAUAGAAGAGUAUGUUGAUCCUUAUGGAUUACAAAUCAUAUGUGACUUUGGCAUGGACUUUUAUCCCUACACCAAGAGGAGUUUGGUUGAGAAGGAUUGAAGGAAUUUCAAAGGUUAAGGGGACUGAGUUUGAGCUCAUUACUACUUCCUUGGACAUUUGUUUGUCGCAAGGAUGAGCUUGGGUCCAGCUCCCAUCACUCAGAAACCUGUUGAAGAAGCGCUUAACAAUAAGAUUGUUCUUCUUUAUCUAUGCACAGAGAAAGAGAAAGAUCUAGCUGAUAAAUUUGCUGUGCUUAAGGAGGGUUACGAAAAGAGAAAGCAUUCAAAUGUUGUUGAGGUGGUUGCUGUAAGCAUAGAUGGUAGCGGAACUAGUGAGGAAUGCUUCGUGGAUAAUGGGUGGUUGGUAUGCCCUGCAUACCCAUCCAUGUCAGCUAAACUUUGUGAUGAAUACUUCCAUCCUCUCUGUGGGCCACACGAGGCUGUUGUUGCAUUUGGUGAAGAUGGUAUGAUCCAAUCUAUGGAUGCUUCUCACAUUUUGGAAUGUCAAGGUCCUCAUUUUCAUGGCAAUCUGCGUGAAGAGAUUUGUCGAGAAUUUGAUGACGCUGGCUUUCAAUAUAUGCGGCACUAUGACUAUAGUUUUUCCGUGAAGAAUGGGGCUGAUAUCAAAUUGGAAAUAAUUCAAAGAGUGGAGACAUGCUUUUCGAAUGUAAGGAAUAUAAGAUCGGCUCAUAUUUUGAGACAGAAUACCCCGUUUAUUCCGAAUCCUUCCUACAUGUGCUCAAUGUUGAGGUUGGCAAACAACUGAAUGUUUUGGAGUUGCUAGAGGAUAACCUCUUAAGUUUCAGCCAAAACAUUCCCAGCUUUCAGCCCACCAAAUUCGCAGGUUAUGCGGGUUCGUGUGAUCUGAAUAUGGGUGCGCAUAAGGGUUUUAAGGGUAGUCGUAAUGUUUGUGUUAACAUGAAUAGCACCAUAAGCCUAUAGGGUAAAUAUGUUAUGAUUUGUUGUGUGUUUGUGCCUUUGAUUUGGUGUUCAUGCGGUGGAGGCAGUGUUUCUUUAGCUUCUCAUGAGCUCGCUAGGAGAGAUGAUUUCGCGCUGGUGGUGGUGCCAAUGAUGAGGAAGGGUGUCACUCAUUCUCUCUCUGCCUAUCAACAAUUUUUGUCGUGCUUUUCCUGCCUUGCUGUCCCUUUUGAGGACUCUGUUCGGCGUGAGCGGAUUUGCCUAGCACUUGGUUUUGAUGGAUUGCCUACAGUUGCGAUUCUAGAUCCGUCUCAGGAGGUCCUUUAUCAUGGCCCGCCCAGCAUGUUUUUUCGGUUUGGAGGAGCUGAGAGUGAUUGCUUCCCCUUUACUCUGGAGAGACAGGAGAUUUGUUUUGGCCGUCACUGUGUUCCGCGGCAUCUCUCCCUCAAUGAGCUUUUGGGCCUUGCGGACACUAAUGUUAUGUGCAAUGUUUUAAAGGACGCUAGCAUAUCUAUUUCAGAACUUAAGAAAGAGUUUGUGUGGAUUUACUUGUGCUCUGAAUGUUAUAGUUUAAGGAAGCUUCAGGAGGUUGAUGAGGAAUGUAGACGACAAAAGUUUGAACUUGAGAUUGUGGUGGUGUGUUGUCCCUUUGAUAUGGGUGUGCCCCCAGAGUUGUUUGAGGGGCUGAUCAUGGAUCAGCUUGCAAGUCUCAACCUGCUUGGCUGGUGGGUUUUUCCCUUCAACAACACCAUAUCCCAAAGGCUAAAUCGAAUGCGUAAGAGUUUGUUGGAUGGUUUUUUCAUAGUGGAUCCUAUAGAAGAGUAUGUGGAUCCCUAUGGAUUACAAAUCAUCUGUGACUUUGGCAUGGACUGUUAUCCCUACACCAGGAGGAGUUUGGUUGAGAAGGAAUUUCAAAGGUUAAGGGGACUGAGUUUGAGCUCAUUACUACUUCCUUGGACAUAUGUUUGUCGUAAGGAUGAGCUCGGGCCCAGCUCCAUCACUCAGAAACCUGUUGAAGAAGCGCUUAACAAGAUUGUUCUUCUUAUCUAUACACAGAGAAAGAGAAAGAUCUAGCUGAUAAAUUGGCUGUGCUUAAGGAGGGGUAUGAAAAGAGAGAGCAUUCAAAUGUUGUUGAGGUGGUUGCUGUAAGCAUAGAUGGUAGCGGCACUAGUGAUGAAUGCUUCAUGGAUAAGGGGUGGUUCGUAUGCCUUGCAGACAGUCAGCUAAACUUUGCCAAGUAUUCUUCCUUCCUCGCGGUGGCACACACUAGGUUGUUGUUGCAUUUGGUGAAGAUGCUCUGAUUCAAUCUAUGGAUGCUUCUCGCAUUAUGGAAUGUCAAGGUCCUCCUUUCCAUGGCAAGCUAUGUGAAGAGAUUGGUCGAGAAUUUGAUUAUGCUGGCUUUCAAUAUAUGCAGCACUAUGACUACAGUUUUUUCUUUGUAAAGAAUGGCCCCUUUUCUGGACUUAGCAUGAUUCGGUAGGCUGCUGGCAGGCGGGGGGUCCUCCGCACGAGGUCCAAGAAUUAUACUUCGUCUUUUCCAUAAGUGUUACUUUACUAAAUAUAAUUUUAAAUU